AUGUCGGCACACGUCUCAGACAGGACAGGGUCGAAGCGAAGCCGGUCGCGGUCUCCCCUGCCCUCGCACCGCUCUGAAAAGAUUCCCCGCAGAAACGACCGAUGGCACUCGCCGUCUCGCGACGACAGCCGCUCUCGAGACUAUCAACCUCGAAAUGUGAAGGAACAGGCUCGGUUAAAUCGGCUGCAGGAGGAUGAGCAGGUGCGAGAGUGGGUGGCGCAGGAGGACACUUUCGUCCUCAAGCAGGCCAAGAAGAAGGCAGAAAUCCGCGUCAAGGAGGGCCGUGCAAAGCCCAUUGACUGGCUCGCAGUUACCCUGCGUGUCAUUGAUCCCACGAGAAAUCCUCUGGAUGACGAGAUUCCCGACUCCGAAUUGGACCUGGUUGACCCGGAAGGCGUGUUUGAGGGUCUAUCGCAAGCCCAGCUUGCGGAGCUGGAGAAGGACAUCGACACGUUCUUGACUCUCGAAACCGCUCCUCAGAACCGCGAUUUUUGGAAGACCAUGAAAGUUGUCUGUCGCGACCGGCAGAAAACUUCGGCGCUUGAAGGACGGGUCCUCAGCUCUGUUGCCGCGGAUAUCAACAGAAUUCUGAGCCCCAAGACCUACGAAGAGCUCGAAACGCUUGAAGGACAGGUCAAGCGCAAGCUGAAUUCGAACGAACCCAUCGAUACUGACUAUUGGGAGGAGCUUCUGCGCAGUCUGACGGUCUGGAAGGCUCGCGCGAAGCUGAAGAAGGUCUACCAGGCCGUCAUUGAAGGACGGGUCCAAGCACUCCGCAAACAGCAACGAGAAGAGGCAGAGUCGGUUCGAACCAAAUUAGCACCAAUUGCACCCGUCGUCGGAGCCACUUCGUCAGAGACGUUGGUGGAUCUUGAUCCGGAGCCCUUACUACAGCUCCGGCCGGAGGAUAAGGCGCUAGAAGUCCUGGACGAAUCGCAGUUCUUGAAACAAGUGGCCCAGGAGCGUCAGAAAAUCCUGAAAAUGGGAUUUGUCCCCCUGCGGCACAGGAAUACAGACAAGACCUCAAUCGCGACACCCAGUCAGACGAUUACAACUCAAACAGCGGUUUCAACUGUUCCGACUCGAUUCUCGGCCAUACCGAACGAAGACUUCUCGCAAGCUACGAGAGCACUAUACGAGAGGGAGGUCGCGAGAGGUGUCAGUGAAAAUGAGGAGAUAUUUACUGCAGAGGAAGCUGUCACUACCGACUCGCGUCCUCAGUGGGCAAAUAAGUAUCGCCCCCGCAAGCCUCGGUACUUCAACCGGGUUCAGAUGGGAUACGAAUGGAACAAAUACAAUCAAACACACUACGACCACGACAACCCUCCUCCCAAAGUUGUUCAGGGCUACAAGUUCAAUAUUUUCUAUCCUGAUCUUAUCGAUAAGUCCAAGGCACCGACUUAUCGCAUUGAACGCGAAAAUGGAAGAAAGCGCGGUCAGUCUUCGGUUAAGGCAGGCGAAGAGGAUACGUGCCUGAUCCGCUUUAUGGCUGGCCCGCCCUAUGAAGAUAUCGCUUUCCGCAUCGUCGACAAGGAGUGGGACUACAGCGCCAAGAGAGACAGGGGUUUCAAAUGCACCUUCGAAAAGGGCAUUUUGCAACUUCAUUUCCAAUUCAAGAAGAUUUACUACCGGAAGUAA